GAAAAUCCCUCACAAUUUAAAAUUAUAAUGGACUGUCCAUGCAGUUACACCGUUGUAAAGUUUGAAUUCAAAGGAAUUGAGGUCAGUUAAAGCUUGCAAACACAAAGGAAAUUAUUGAUAUUGUAGCAAUUCUGGAGAUAUUUUGUUUAAAAUGUAAGAGUGCAUAUUUUUGAUUUCUCAAAGAAAACAUUUAAAGUCUUAUUAGUGUGGUAAAUAUAAAUGAGAAGUUUAAACUGAAGUGUGAAUGUGUAGACAAGAAGAUAAACAGCAGAAUCAUUCCCAGUCAAAGUUUCAGACACAAAGCAAUGAGGAGCAGCCUGGAGCAACACAUUUGAUCUUCAGUGGCUUUACAAAGGACCAAGUGAUGGCAGAACUGAAGCCAUAUGCCUCAAAAGAGAAAGGUACAGCAAAGCUCUUCAGAAUGCUAUUCAAUAUAGAAGAGAUUAAAGGCCGCUCAUUGUUUGGUAUGAGGAAAGGGAACAGAGAGUCUGACGCCAGACCUUCUUGUGCAGACAAGGCAAAACUUAAGUUCUUGGAAGAUUGUGCGCUCGAAAAGUUGCCGACAACCUAAAGGACUGAACUCAAACCGUCCAGGAAUAGCAAGAUAAACUGAAGAAAAUAAAUGGACUAAUGUUUUGCUAUUUUUUGAGACAAUAUAUAAUUUCAUAUGGGAACAUUAAAAAGGAUUA